AUGCGCUCUGAGAGCAAAUUCAGGCCAAACUACAACGCUAAGAUCAUCAGUGGCACCUACUGGAGUCAGCGCUCCAAGGUACCCAACUUACCCUGGCCAGCUUCUGCCGACGCCCUCCAGUGGCUGCUAGGAUUAGAGACCAAGUCCGGCCCCUGGGCAGCCCAGCGGCGGCCCAUCCCGUCUGCCUGGUGUGAGCCCGCUGGGCUCAUGGUCACUCACCAUCUCCACCUUAUUCGUGGCUCCUAUCAGGUGGGAAACAGGAAGGCGCCCACCGCCAGCGCGGACGCCGAGCUGAGCGCGCAGCUGAGCCGCCGGCUGGACAUCAACGAGGGCGCGGCGCAGCCCCGCCGCUGCAAGGUCUUCAACCCCUACACCGAGUUCCCCGAGUUCAGCCGCCGCCUCAUCAAGGACCUGGAGAGCAUGUUCAAACUGUAUGACGCCGGACGGGAUGGCUUCAUUGACCUGAUGGAGCUGAAGCUGAUGAUGGAGAAGCUGGGGGCCCCCCAGACCCACCUGGGCCUGAAGAGCAUGAUCAAGGAGGUGGACGAAGACUUCGACGGCAAGCUCAGCUUCCGUGAGUUCCUGCUCAUAUUCCACAAGGCCGCCGCCGGGGAGCUGCAGGAGGACAGUGGGCUGAUGGCGCUGGCAAAGCUGUCCGAGAUCAACGUUGCCCUGGAGGGCGUCAAGGGUGCCAAGGACUUCUUUGAAGCCAAGGUCCGAGCCUUGGCCUCUGCCAGUAAGUUCGAAGCUGAGUUAAAAGCUGAGCAGGAGGAACGGAAGCAAGAGGAGGAGAAGAGGAGGGCCCGCCAGGCGGCCUUCAGGGAACUGAAGGCCACUUUCAGCGCAUAGUGGAUGACCCUGACCUCUGUCCACAGCUGUGCCUCACAGACCCCUCCCCCGGCCCUCAGGAAGCUGAUGGGCGUCCUCACCACCCAGGCCCCUGCCCAGCCAGCCUCCGCAUCUCUGCUCAAUGCAACUCCCUCACCUGGUGGUGGUAGCUCUCGUGCCAGGGUAGAGCCCUCCAGAGAGGCCUGGGAGGAGCCGGCCUCCAGCCUCUCUCUGCCCGCUUCCGUCUGACCUUCUCUGUAGCCAGAAGUGCCUUGCCUUUUGCUUUGCCUCUCUGCCACUCUUCUCGGAGAGUGGCCGGCUGUGCUAACUUGCGCAGCUCCCCGCUUGGCCAUCUUCAGAGGGGACGGUCCCUGGAGGAGUAGGACUCCUGUGGGACUCGUCUCUGGCCCUCUCCCUCCCACGCCCUGUGCUCACUGGACCUGACUCUCCCACUCCCUUGGGGAGGCUUCCCUUGACCUUGGGGAGGCUUGCGGGGAGCCAGGAUGGACCAGGGCCCACCUCCUCUCCAGCAGGGGGCGCAGCACGGUGACCAGCGGACAGCACAGAGAAAAGACUGGAAGUUUCAUCCUGGCCAUCGCCUUUCUCCUGGCCUCUUCACCCCCCUGCACACAUCUCUUUCCCGUCCAGGCUUUUUUUGACUCCGAAACACUGUACUGCUUAACUGUCAGCGUGAAAGAAUAGUUGGAAGUCCUAUGAAGCGUAGGAGCGUUCAUGCUAACACUGACCUAUGCAAGUCACAUGACAGUAGACCCCUGACGUUCCGCGUGACACAUCCAGAACCUUUCAGAACCCCAAAAGUCGUGACCAGCCUCAUCAUCUAGUCACUUUCCAGCACUACUCCACCGUGGAGGGACGCUGUGCCCACCACCAGCACCAGCGUCCUGGGCUGUUCCUUCUUGGGAUGGCUCAAGUGCCAGGGGAUGUUGUAUUUUUAAAAAUAAUUCCUGACAUCCUAUUUAUUACUUCUCUUUUGUAACUACUGUCUUUACCAUGAAAAAAACAUGGGCAUUUCUAACUUACAGCCACUUCUUUUUAAAUAAAGCUGUGCAGAUGAACUUGGCCUUCA